UAUUCUCUCUCAUCGCCCUCUAAUGGCGGCGCUGUGCCAUACACAAUUUUCCGCUAGCUAUGACAAUCUUGAACUUCAAGAAGUUAUUUCUAAGGGCUCAUUGGAUUUUGAUGAAUGGACUUUACUGAUAUCAGAGAUUGAGAAAAUAUAUUCUGAUGACGUGGAGAAAAUUUGUCUAGUUUAUGAUAAUUUCUUGUCCAAAUUCCCCUUGUGUUAUGGGUAUUGGAGGAAGUAUGCUGCCCACAUGGCAUGCUUGUGUACAGCGGAAAAGGUUGUUGAAGUCUUUGAGCAAGCUGUGUUAGCAGCAACGUAUUCAGUAGGCAUGUGGGUUGACUAUUGUAGCUUUGGUAUGUCGGCUUUUGAGGACCCAUCUGAUAUUCGGAGAUUGUUCAAGAGAGCCAUUUCCUUUGUUGGGAAGGACUUCUUAUGUCAUACCCUGUGGGACAAGUAUAUUCAUUUUGAGUUUUCCCAGCAGCAGUGGAUUUCUCUGGCUGACAUUUAUAUCCAAACUCUUAAGUUCCCAACCAAAAAGUUGCAUCAGUAUUAUGAUAGUUUUAAAAAGUUGCUAUCCUUUUUAGAAGAGGGCAUGGGAAGCCUGGACAAUUCUCCGAAGGAAUUGCAAUCUGAACCAUGUUUUGAUGGUGAAAUGCCUAUGACUAUGUGUUGCGAGGAUGACAAGAUUGAUUGCAUUAUCAAAGAUAUGAUGGACUCAUCUGUUGGAUUGACCAGUUCAAUAGCCCUAAAAAAGUACAAGAUCAUUGGAGAACAGCUUUAUCAUAAUGCUUGUGAGUUGUAUUCAAAGAUUAGUUCUUUUGAGGCUAAUAUUCAGAGAUAUUACUUUCAUGUCCGGCCACUUGAUGCAAAUCAGUUGCAGAAUUGGCACGAUUAUCUGGAUUUCAUUGAACUUCAAAAGGAUUUUGACUGGGCUGUGAAACUUUAUGAGAGAUGCUUGAUUGUGUGUGCCAACUAUCCUGAAUACUGGAUGCGUUAUGUGGACUUCAUGGAAGCCAAGGGAGGAAGAGAAAUAGCAAACUAUUCUCUAGACCGAGCAACUGAAAUUUAUUUGAAGAGAGUGCCAGCAAUCCAUUUAUUCAAUGCCAGGUUUAAGGAACAAAUAGGAGAUGUUUUAGCUGCUCGUGCUGCAUAUAUUCAGAGUGGGAAAGAGACAGAUUCAGACUUUGUGGAGAAUGUUAUAUCAAAAGCUAAUAUGGAAAAACGUUUGGGAAAUAUGGAAUCAGCUUUCAGUAUAUACAAAGAAGCACUACAAAUGGCUGCAGCACAGGAAAAGUUACAUGCUCUCCCCAUUUUAUAUGUUCAUUUUUCUCGGCUAAAAUAUAUGAGUACAAACAACGUGGAUGCUGCUAGAGAUGUCUUAGUUGAUGGGAUCAGAACUUUGCCUCAAAAUAAAUUGCUUCUGGAGGAGUUGAUAAAGCUCUUAAUGGUGCAUGGAGGGCCAAAGCACAUGGCUGUGAUAGAUUCAAUUAUUGCAGAUGCAAUAUCUCCAAGGUCUGAUGGAUCUCAAAGUCUGAGUGCAGAAGAUGCAGAGGAUAUAUCGAACUCAUACCUGGAGUUUGUUGACUAUUGUGGAACCAUACAUGAUGUACGGAAGGUAUGGAAUCGGCACCUAAAAUUAUUUCCAGACUCUGCCAGGAUAGAUUUACAUCAGCAAUCAGCUAAAUGUAGAUCACUAUGUUCGAUUAAGGACAAGAGAGAAGUGAUUUUUGUUGCCAUGCCUAAUCAAGCAUCUAGAGAUUCUAGCUCUGACUCGCAUGCUCAUUUACCUCAACAAGACAAGAAAGGGUCAUUGAUGAAAUAUUGUGAUACCCAGUCUGAUGCUACUAAUGAUGGAUUAAUGUUGAUGGAAAAUCAUAUUACUCAGUCAGAUGAUACAGGUACUUACAGGCUUCAAAUCAGGGAAUCAGAUGACAACGCAAAAGAUAAAGGAAGAGAAUUACCUCUCCCAGUUUCUGAGGAGCCAAGAGAUAAUGAUCCUGAAAAUAAUGUGCCAUCUUCAGAUUUAGUGCAAGUGAAAGAGGAAUCUAUCAAAGUUGUUAAGAAUUUAAAAAAAAAUCAUUCUGAAUCUGAAUUUUCAUCAGAAAAUUUAUUACUUCAAACUGCCAGUGGAAGUCAAGUCUCACAAGCUUUGCAAGCAUCUAAAAAUGAAAAUGCUGCUUUUUCUGAGGGAAAGUGUGAGCUUGAGCCUGAAGAAUUGGAGCCACCUUCUCUGAGAAGUAUGUCAUUGAACCCCCAUGAAAGAACAUGCCCAUGCCCUGAUUCAGGACCAAUGACGUCUCAGGAGGAGCGCGGCACAAUUCCAGAAAGCAGCAAGUCAAAUAGUAGAGCAGUAGUGGGUGGUCAUACUGCGAAUCAAGACAACUCUGCAAGCACUCAAGAUUCAGAGUCUGCCCAAAUUCACGUUGAAAUAAACAGUCCAUAUUCAGCAUGCCAUCGAGAUCAUAGAACAAAAGGACCACUUGUUCCACCCCGGUUUUCUAGAAAUAGUGGUGGAAACUGGCAUCAAAUGAGGAAUGCUGGUAAAUUUCGUAGAGGUCCCAAAUAUGGUUAUCGCGGAUAUACACAGAGAAAACAGCACCAACGGCAGCAUCCGUCUCCACAACAGAUCCAUCCAGCUGAAGUGGGAGUACAAAUGCCUGCAACUCCAGGUUUUUCUUCCCAAUCUGUAUUGCAAGUUCAGCAAUGCAGUCAAGGACAAAAUCAGUUUCAAGUUGCAGCUACUCCUACUGAUUUUAUGGCAGCUAAUAGUUGGCCUAUACAAAACAUUCAGAUACAAAACUCUCUAUCUCAGUCUCAAUCACCAGCCAAUACCACAUCACAGGUAUUGCAACAAGCAAUGCAAGGCAAUGGGCAAUAUGGGUAUAUGCAGAAUGGCCAAGAAUAUAAUCAGAUAUGGCAAUACUAUUACUACCAACAGCAACAGCAGUUGCAGCUACAACAACAUUAUAUUCAAUUGCAACAACAAUCAUUGCAGCAAGAACAGUCACUACAAGUUCAAGAACAAAGUCAGCUAGAAUGUCUUCAACCACAACAGCUGCAACAAAUGCAGUUGCAACAACUGGUUCUGCAGCAGCAGCAGUACUUUCAACAGCUGCAACCUCAGCAGCAAGAGCAUCCUGUUUCCCUUCAGCAGAUGCAGCCAUCAAUUCAGAGCAGCAGCCAUCCCGUAGCAGACCAAGGGCAAGCAAUAGUGACAUCGCAGGGCCACGGAACAAUAUUAUCGCAACAAUCAAGUGAACCUGGUUUGGUUUCUUCUCCUGUUCUGCCUCAUCCCCAAGAGAAAUCUACCCAAGAAGAGUGACAUUUCCUUGUAGUUUUGACCGGUUUCAACUUGUAAAAUUCGGAAUUUACUCUGCAAGGACUUGGUCCAAAGACACUCACUUGAUCUAAACAUGAAAUUUUUAGCAAU